UGUGGCUCGUCUCGAGUCCAGUCUGGCAGCCUCGCGGGACGGCAGCAGUGGAAAUGAGUAUCUAGUAAAGUCGCUUCCAAGAAUCUCAGCAGCAACUGGAGGCUGAGAAUCGGGUACUGCAUGAGAGAGUGGCGGAGAGAGAGACGGAGGUGAGGGAGAAAGAAAGGGAACUGGAGGUUGCGCAGUCUCGGAACAAAGACACCACGACAAGACUCGGAGAUACGGAGAGGAAACUAGAUACAGCCACCAGGGAGUGUGACACUCUUAAAAGGAGUCUUGAUGAGAGAGAAGGCACCGUCAGGAGGCUGACACAGGAGAGCGAAGGGACGAGACUGGAGCUGGAGAACGUAAAGAGCGACAGAGACCAUCUCCAGAGCAGACUGCACACGGUACUGCAGCAGAAAUCACGACUGGAGGGCCAGCUAUCAGAGCAGUCCACUCUCGGUGGUGAACUGGAGCAACUCCAGGUGGCCGUGAAAGAGAGGUCUUCUCUGAGGAAGGAGCUGGAGACAGUGAAGCUCACUCACCAGACAGAGUUGGCUGAGUUUACAGCCAAGCAAGGCGAGAUGGAGACCGAGCUCCGUACUGCCAGGAGAGAAACAGAGAGAGCUCAGAGUCAGCUACAGAAGGUGGUCGCAUCGUCCGAGGAGACUGCGGCGAAAUUGUCGCAAUUGAAGGCUCAUAUGAAGAGUGAGUUGGACGAGGCGAAGAGGGAGGUGGGGAGGGAGAGGAGGGGGAGGGAAGAGGCGGAAAGAGGGGCGACGGGGCUCAGAAUGGAGCUGGAGGAGGCUCGCAAACAGUGUGACUGGCUGGGGAAAGAGGUCGGGGAGAUGAGGGGAACACUGGCACAUGAAUCGACGCAGAAGGGGGAGGUGGAGCGAGCGAGUGGAAUGGUGGCUCUCCGUCUGAAACAGAACGCAGAGGAGAAAGAGAAGGAGCUACGAGAAGAGAACCAGACUCUUUCGCUGGAGUUGGAGCAAGUGCGAGGCCGGCUGGCUGGAAUUUUGGUCACCCAGCAGGCACUCAAGACCCAUGCCUGCCAGCUGGAGUCGGCCCUCGCCGAAAGAGGAUCGUCUCUGACAAGACUCACUGCAGAGGUGGAGAGGUUGGAGAGAGAGAAACAGACAAGAGAGGGACAGGUGCACUCGCAGACAGCCUCGCUCAGCGAAGAACUGUCCUCGCUUCAGAAUCAGCUGGUGGAGGCUCAUGAACAGCUAUGUGGGGAAGAAUCUCGUGCCAACGAACUAACAGAAGAACUGUCAAAGAGGUCUCGAGAACUGUCAAAAAUGAGGUCUGAUCACUCCACCGAUGAAAAGACCCUCCCGGUACUGGAGGCAAAGGUUUCGAGGCUCACGCAAAGGCAGGAUGAGCUGCGACUGGAACUGAGUACGACGAGGGCGGAGUUGGUAGUGGCAAAGACGGCUGUCGAGGCCGCAGAGAGAGAACUGGAGGAGAGGAAGACGCAGGUGGAGAUCCUGGAGACGAGGCUCUCUGCAUCGGAGGAGCAGAGUCGAGAGAGGGAGAGAGAUGUGGAGGAGUUGAGGAGUAGACUCCAGGCGGUGGAGGAGGGAGGGCGGGAGGGGGAGAGGAGAGCCCUGUUUGAAACCAGUCUGUCCAGUAUCGGUGGGGACGAGGACACAGACAACGCCACAGCUGCACCACAUGAUUCUUCUGUGAGUGUAUCGUCUUGCAGCGAGUCCCUCCCUCCAUCGCUCCACGCGGCUCAGUUGAGGGAGCUGGGCCAGCAGAUGGAGCGAGCUAGACGAGAGGGUCAAGAGGCAGCUGAGGCGAGGUCCAGUGGGGAGAUCACCGUCCUCCGAGACCACCUGGGGUCAAAGUACCGGACCAUCAGCACCCUCCAAUCAUGUCUGGUGUCACUCAGAGGGGACAUGGGUAAACUACAGACAAAGAUGCAGUCUCACUCUGCCACUGUCAGAGCCUCCCACUACACCACCAGGCAGCUGGAGACCCAGAUAGCUGACCUCAAGAGAAGCUCAAGUUUACAGUCUCCGUCGUUUCUCUCCAGCCCCCCUGGCCACACCCCUUGAUUAUCUAAUCUUACAUGCACACAUUCACAAGUAUCAUUAAUUGCUGUUCUAAUACACUAGCAUAUUUUUUGAUCAAUCCUUUUCACUUUCAUUUCUUCUAUCGUUCUGCACAUUCACAAGUAAUCAUUUUACUGCUAAACAAUAGGGUUCAAUCGUUUUCACUUUAAUGUUUUAUCAUAAAUUUUAUCUCUGUUAUAAUAGUUAUAAUUAUACACACAUUGCUAGCAACUGAAAAAGAUCCUAUGUCGUAUAUAUACAUAGUGAAAAACAAGAUGAAACACAAGAUUGAUUCCUAUAAUAAUAGAACUGCUGUAAAAUGAAAACUGAUAAAUUCUCUAACAAAGAGUCAUCAGCAGCUGCCUGCCUUCGCCCACACACUCUCUCACUGAUUGGUGCUACGUAAUUCUCUCAGUACGUC